UUGAGGUGCAUGGACACCCAACUAAUCAUGUGGUGGACUUAGGAAAAAGACUAUGUACUUGCCAAUUUUGGAUGCUUACAGGUAUUCCUUGUGUGCAUGCAUGUGCUGCACUGUCUCGGGUUAACAAUCUACCAGAAGACUUUUGUCACCGCUUGCUAACAAUGGAGUCAUACAAGGAAACGUAUAAUCAUCAUAUUAAUCCAAUUCCUAGACAAACAUUAUGGGAGCAUACAGAAGAAUGUAACAGGCCACAUGCACCAAAAAUAAAGAGGAAACCUGGAAAACUACAGAUGAAAAGACAGAUGGAUACUGAUGAGAAGGGUGGUGGAGGAUCUAAAAAGUCUAAAGCUGAUCCCAAGCCUCAGAGUAACAAUGGAGAUAAUGUUCAUCUAAAGAGGCAGUUGGGCCCCUUUACUUGCAGUUUCUGUGGUGAUAAAGGACAUACAAAGAGAGGUUGUAAGAAGAAGAGAGCUUGUGAUGCUGCUGCUGCCGAGGCUGAUAAGAAGAAGAAAAAUGAAGGAGGUGCGCCUGCAUCUGAGCAACAACUUCAGCAGCCUCAAGAUGAUGGUGACCAACGUGAUGGAGAAGACAAUCCUCUUGUGCAGUCUACUGAGAUUGCACCAGCCACUUCUAAUGCACAACCUGUAGAGAUAGAUAUAUCUCAGCUAACUGCUUCUGAUGUAGAAGAUUCUCAUAAGGUAACUACCUAUUUACAUUUCUUAAAUUUUUUGUGAUUCAAGUGAAUCAUCAUUUAUGUGUAAUGUAAAUUUUUUCUAUCUAGGAUCAUGGAAUAAAAAGGCCUUCAAAAUUAUCACCAAGGAGAAGAUCCUCUCCACUAGCAACU